ACAUGCACGAGUUGGAGAAGGUUGACAGACUACCGCAUCGAGCUGGAACAAGGGGCCAUCCGACCGUACAGCGACAAUUUCGGCUCAGCCAACCGGAACUGGAAGAAUUGCAGCAGCAGUUGGAUUACCUUCUGACGAAAGGUUUUAUCCGGCCUAGCACCUCCCCAUACGCUGCCCCGAUUCUAUUCACCCCGAAGAAGGAUGCAGGAUUCCGCAUGUGCAUCGAUUACCGCGCCCUCAACAGGAUCACAAUCAAGUCGCGUUACCCGAUGCCGCGAGCCGACGAUCUACUCGACCAACUUCGCGGAGCCAAGUUCUUCUUGAAAAUUGAUUUGCGAAGAGGUUACCAUCAAAUUCGCGUUGCCGCCGACGAUUGUCUCAAAACUGCCUUCCGAACCCGCUACGGCAGGUACGAAUACCUGGUGAUGCCUUUUGGCCUCACGAACGCGCCCUUGACAUUCCAGAUAACCAUGAACGACGUUUUCAGGGAACUCUUGGAUAAAUGCGUCAUUAUCUACCUCGACGACAUCCUAAUCUACAGCCGCAGCAGGGAGCAACACUUAAAGGAUCUUGAUGCAGUCUUCACGCUGCUGCACAAGAACCGCCUCAUCACGAAAGGGCAAGCUGACCAACUGAAGAUCGCCCUCAUGUCGCCGCCCAUUCUUCGCAUCUCCGAUCCUGACCGUCCAUAUGAAGUCAUCACCGACGCCAGCAACAUCGCCAUCGGCGCAGUUCUCCUACAGGAUUUCGGCGACGGGUUACAGCCAGUCGCCUACGAAUCACGGAAGCUGCAGGGCGCGGAGAAAAAAUACAUAGUCCACGACAAGGAAAUGUUGGCGAUCGUCCACGCGUUCAAAACCUGGCGGUGUUACCUGACAGGCACUGACGUCACGGUGUGAACUGACCACAAAUCCUUACAG